AUUGGCGUGCUCCCAUCAUGCAACGGGAGCUCCCCGCUAGUGGGAAGCCAGGGCAGGUUCUCCUCUCGGAUGAUACGGUGUUACUGUUCCUUUAAGAACCUGCUCAGACGCAGCGUUCAGGGUAGACGUCGUUCGGUCGCACUCGCACCUUCCCGGACUAGGAUGAUCCUCCUGUAGAGGUUCAUUCAUGUAGAGGCCCGCACCACAGCCCCUCCAACCCGCGAGACCAACUAUCCUACUCAGCCCAUAGAGGAUUGCGUUCCUCAGGGGGCAUGGGCACGAGGUGAUCGUGUGAACACAACCCCCCGCCCGGUCACUGUCCAUUCAACUCCGUAGCUAUGGCAACGUGUGCGACCGGCUGUGCACCGGCGGUGCGCCUCUGCCAGAGGCUGAACCGCCUGAAGACGCUGGACGACGACAUGAUGGCCACGUCGCUGAAGCGCUGCCUGUCCACCCUGGACCUGACCCUGCUGGGUGUGGGCGGCAUGGUGGGCUCCGGCCUCUACGUCCUCACAGGCACCGUGGCCAAAGACAUGGUGGGCCCGGCCGUGGUCAUCUCCUUCCUCUUCGCCGGGAUCGCCUCCUUGCUGGCCGCCUUUUGCUACGCAGAGUUCGGUGCGCGCAUCCCCAAGGUGGGCUCCGCCUACAUGUUUACAUAUGUCUCCGUGGGUGAGAUCUGGGCCUUCCUCAUUGGCUGGAACGUGAUCCUGGAGAACAUGAUUGGCGGUGCGGCGGUAGCGCGGGCGUGGAGCGGCUACCUGGACUCCAUCUUUAACCACUCCAUACAGAACUUCACGCAGACGCACAUCAUGCAGUGGGACGUCCCCUUCCUCGCCCAUUACCCAGACCUCCUGGCGGCGGGAAUCCUGGUGGUGGCCUCCUUCUUCAUCUCCUUCGGGGUGCAGGUGUCCUCUUACCUAAACCACAUCUUCUCCGUCAUUAGCAUGGCGGUCAUAGCGUUCAUCCUGGUGUUUGGCUUCAUGCUGGCCGACCCAAUCAACUGGAGCCAGAAAGAGGGAGGCUUUGCCCCCUUCGGGCUGUCUGGAAUACUAUCAGGCUCAGCCACUUGCUUCUAUGCCUUUGUGGGUUUUGAUGUCAUCGCCUCCUCCAGUGAAGAGGCCAAGAAUCCGCAGAAAGCGAUCCCUAUCGCUACAGCCAUUUCCCUCGCCAUAGCUACCACAGCCUACAUCCUGGUCUCCAUGGUGCUCACGCUCAUGGUACCCUGGCAUUCACUGGACCCCAACUCAGCUCUCGCGGACGCUUUCUUCCGCAGGGGUUACAGUUGGGCUGGAAUUAUUGUGGCGGUUGGCUCAAUCUGUGCCAUGAACACCGUGCUCCUCUGCAACCUCUUCUCCCUCCCUCGAAUCGUCUACGCCAUGUCGGAAGAUGGGCUGUUCUUCUCCUUUUUCGCCCGGGUCAACCCCAUCACCAAGGUCCCCGUCAACGCCAUCCUGGUGUUUGGGACCCUGAUGGCCACCAUGGCGCUGAUAUUCGACCUGGAGGCCCUGGUCCAGUUCCUCUCCAUCGGCACCCUCCUCGCCUACACCUUCGUAGCGGCCAGCGUGAUUGUGCUCCGCUUCCAGCCAGAGAAGACCAGUGCCAAGGGUACGUCCUCCACCUCUCUCAACCCGGCCGCCGCGCCCUCCCCGGUGGCCCUUGAGACCCAGACCAUCACCGACGGCGCGGGGGAGAUGAAGGAGUACGAGUCGUUCUCGGAUAAGCUCCAGUUGGUGGAGAGGUCGGAGAGCCAGGAGCGGCGGGGCGUGGGGCAGCUGAGGGCCCGCUGGGAGCUCUACCUGGGCAGGGUGGUGGGGGACUUUGAGCCGGGCGAGGUGGUGGCCUUCUCCGUGCUGGCCAUGAUGGUGAGCGCCGUGUCCCUCUGCGCCGUGGUGGAGUUUGGGAGGAGCCAGCUGCAGUUGCCGCUGUGGAGCUUCGUCACGCUGCUGGGGAUCUUCAGUGUGGCCUUCCUGGGAAGCCUCUUGUUGAUCUGGGCCCACGAGCCACAGAGAAACCAGAAAACCUUCCAGGUUCCCCUGGUCCCGCUGGUACCCGGUCUCAGCAUCCUCAUGAAUGUUUUCCUGAUGCUGAAACUCAGCGCCCUCACUUGGGUUCGCUUUGCCAUAUGGAUCGCUAUAGGUCUGUGUGUGUAUUUCGGCUACGGCAUCUGGCACAGCAAAGAGGGCAUGCGGGAGCUCCAGCCCAAAGACAUGGCAGCCAGGUAUGUGGUUCUGCCCAGCGGGAGCCUGGUGGAGACGGUGCAGUCUGUCCAGCCAGACGGACAGGUGGACCCCUCGGCCCACCAUGCCAACAACUCCACAACCCCCACCACCACAGCUGCCGAGCAACCGGGAAGGACGUGAUCCGUGCCACGUCAUCCGUCACAGCGGGCCAAUGUUAUCCGUGUCCCCCGUUCUCUGUACCGCCGCAUCUAGCCGCUCCCUCGAUGAGCCUGUUUUCUAUUGUGUGCCUAUCCCUGGAACCCCGUACUGCCACUGUUCUCUCUCUGUCUGCUCUGCAUAUACCAACGUCCCACACUGAGGAGAACGGGGCGAUGCACACCGCUGCGUCCCCAUGAAGCACAUUUAGAAUAUUAUUAAUAUAUAACAUUUAGUGUUAUAUUGGAACCUAGAGAGCUUUUAUAACGUUAUUAUAUCUCUCUGUAUCUCUUCAGGUGUGGAAAACCGUCCUCUUGAACCAGCUCCUUCGUUCUAGGGUUUCCUGUUUCCCUUGCCUGUCAUGUAACCCGUUCUCAGCAUAACUUUUGUCAAAGUCUCAGUGUGUUUGCAAGUUAUAUGGUGCUUUAUUUGUGACAAACUGCACUCUGUGCUGUCAAGUAUACUCAGUGGAUGCUGAUCUUAAAAUGACCAAAAGGACACUAUGCUGGACAGGAGAUUUAAAGUUUGACUUUCUUAUAUUUUAUAUUAUUCAUUAUUAUAUUUCUAGCAUGUUUUGUUGAAAUUAUAGAACUUGAUUUUCCUUAUUUGAAUGUUUUGCACUCACAUUGAUCCUAAGAAACAAUCAUGUGUCUUUCUCUUGGUUGAAAUGUGUAGUCCGUCCCUGUGUUUCUCCCACCAAAGUUAAGUUAAUCAAAUAUGAUAAACGCUAUACUAUUUUUAUACUAUAUCUUUUUUUCUAUUGUAAUUUCACAGAUGCUUCAAUAAGGUCAUUUUACAGCACAUACAUCCAUACCAUCACGUGUUCUGUGUUAAUUAGACUAGUGAUUGGGAAUUCAAUCCCUGUUUUAAUCCCUUAACUCUCAUCCCAUGACCCCUUUGAGAACUUAAUGUUGAAGACUUUUUUUCUUCCACUGAGUUUUCCCAAAUAUCAUUAAAAUGGCAGCCCACCCUUCUAUAUAUAUGGGCACAAAUCUAUUGCUUAGAAUGUCCAUACAGUUCAAAUAAUAGCAGACAGUGGCUUAUGUUGUUUUGUAAGUGGUUCCUCUCUCAUCCCCCUUUGCGGCAUUUGUAAUCCGACAGAUUUGCGGCAGUCCUGUCUGCUGCUAGGCAGUUUGACCUAGAUUAUCAACAUGUGCAUGUGUGACGCUACUUGACAAAACGUUGAAAUAACAGUAUAACAAACAACACGCUUUAGGGAACUUAACUUUGUUGUGGUUUUUGUUUUGUUUUAUCUUCAACAGCUGUUUUUGUCUAGUUGUAUAUUCCUCCAUGGCCCUGACAAGGCCCUCUGGCACCCAGAUGGGCCCCGUUUAUAACAUCACUCUUUCUAGAUGAUCCAUAUAUGUGAUGGAUAUUUUUGUUGUGAUACACAAAACCAAUGGCCUUAACAAUGUUUGGGUGCGCGAGACUUCCAAAGCAUACGAGAUUGCGGUUUCAUUUGUUCCGUAUUUACUAGACCAGUUCACAUGGUAUCAUUUCAGUGUUUUAAAUGACAAACAAAUGAAAUAAGCAUGUACUAACUGUACCACAACAUAGAUGAUUAAACAAAAAACAAUGUAUUAGGGCAUUGUUCUGUAAAGUAAAACAGUCAGUUUCAAAGGACCAUGUUUUAACAAUAUUGCACAAUGUAACUGAUUGUUAGCUCGGCAUUGGCACUGCUGUGCUUCUUGUCUGUAUGUAUUUUGUCACCUAUUUAAAACGCUGUUCAUCAUUUGUGCCAGCAAGCACAGUUAAAAGCAAGUUCUUAAAAUGUUCUUACUUAUUAAUAGUACUCUGUAAUCACACAUUGAAAUCUCAACUUUCUGUUGUAUAACGUUACAACUGUAUUGCUAAAUAAAUGUUUUAAAGCAUCA